CCGUUUUAGAUCAUUAAAGAAUUUGCUAAUUAUUCUAAAUGACAGCAUUCCAGUGAAUCUUUUCUGAGAUAAUUUAUUUAAAGCAUUUUCUGCUUGUGCGAAGAUCGAUUUACGUAAAUUACGACGAUUUAUUGUAAAACAUGGCGGACGUCGAUGAUGCAGAUGAUCACUACAAUGUGUUAAAUGCUGACAAUCUGUCAUCCUCUACGCAUGAUGAUACGAGCACGGACACACAAGAUAACAAUUUGUAUUUUCAGGAUUUACCCGAUGCAUUGAUUGUGACAAAUCUUGAUGAGUGUAUAUUUGAUGAUGUGAAUUGUAAGGCCGAGUUUGAGUCGCUAUUUAGACAAUACGACAACAAAGCAUCAUUCCUGUACCUCAGAUCUUUUCGACGUGCUCGAGUAAAUUUUUCCACUCCAGAAAUGGCAGCAGCAGCUAGAAUACAUUUCCAUGAAGUAGAAUUAUUUGGAAAAAGAGUCAAAUGUUACUUUGCACAGCCUAAAGAUGAAGAGAAUGAAAACAAAGAUCCCCACUUACACCCCCCUCCCCUACAGAAACAGUUCCUUAUCUCCCCGCCAGCUUCACCCCCCGUAGGAUGGGAACAAACGCACGAAGAAAAACCAGUCAUAAACUAUGACCUAAUAUCAGCUGUUGCAAAUCUGGCUCCAGGCACCUCACAUGAGCUACACCCCCCAUCAGACAAGCACCCUGCCAUUGUUGUUCACAUCUGCGAGGAUCCCCCAAUCAAUUUUAGCGGAGAAAAGCCCAAAAUUAUCCAAACGCGGAGGCCAGAUUUUGAUGAGAGGGGCACAUGAUUGUGCAGCGUUGCAGACUUUUUCUUCAAAUUUCAUUGCUUUCUCAUCUGUGUCUAAAUUAUUGACAAGUUUAUAUAUGUUCAUAUUUAUUCUGUGACAUUUUACAUCAUGUUUGUUUGUAUUUUUUCAUUUUGUUUUUAUUAAACUAUAUUCCAUCAGGA